AUGCCUCCCCGAAGCUCUCUGACCAGCUCUUUCUCGGUGACCGAUGCCAAUAAUGAGGUGGUCUGUCCCUUGAAGAAUAACGACAGUUCCAAUUGUCGGAAACGAUGUCUGGGGGAAAAGCGUUAUCGCUCCAUGCAGGAGCACAUUCGACGUGCGCAUCCGAAUCACUACAUUCCGAAGCUCCCGGCGACAGAGGAAAGCUUCUUGAUGAUGGUGAACACCCCGCUCGAACAACGAGCCCAGCUGUCUCCUCCGGAACCCGCCCAGCCUAGGCGGCCUCAUGAUGUGGCGCCGGAACGAGACAUCUACGUUGCGGAUGGCUCUCCCGCCACCCCUCGAGCUCUCGAUGAACCCCACCCCGCUGCGGCCACGGCAGCAGUUGCGCUGGCACAAUUGCACCAUCACCGCCUGGCUUCGGACUGGGAUACAGAUAUGGAAACCCAUUCUGACACCGACCUGAGCCACCCUCAUAUGCGCUCGACCAUCGAACUUCCCCCACUUCGCGAUCAUUUCAAACAGGAGUCUCUUACACCUUUCGCCCGGCCCCGCGAAUUGCUUCCAUCCAUUCUCAACCAUUCUCCGCCCGGUCGCUCGUCAACGUUACCACCGAUCCAGCGCAGAGAUAAGAUCUCCCGGCCGCGCAAAAACUCCAUCUCGCAAUCGGCCCGGAAGCCGAGACAAGAUCGACCCAACUCCAAGGAAUUUGCGCGGCGGCCAAGCCUGGGCGACCGCAAAGCCCUGUCGGCAGAGCCGCAAACUGCGGCAUGGGCGCAAGGAAAGCGCUGGGAGGAUUUGAUCGAAGCCGCGACGUCCGCGACAGAGGCUGAUGAUGAGCGUUAUUCAGAGGUGAGUUCGAGUACCGAGUCUCCAUCUGAUUCAUGGCUGAUUGUGCAGGCUGGUCGGUCUCCAACGAUUGCCCCACUACUCUCCAACGUGACGUCUGCUCCUGGCGUGAAAAGUCGGUCUUCGCUACCACCCGCCUUCCAAUCCACAGGGCUGCCUCCCAUUUCAUCGCACCGGCCAUUCCCACCGCAUCACUACGCCGCUUCGCCCUUGCACAAAGCAUUGACCCCUCCACCGUUCGAGAACCACCGCAGCCGCGACAGCGACCUCGAACCAUUCCCAUCCAUUGAAUCCUCACUCGAUUCCAUGUCCUCGGCAUCUGGCACUGGCAGAAAUUUUGCAUCGUCUAUCUCAGGAGUUGCGCCAUCCAUCAACUCCGACGGUAGCCCAACAAUGAAUUUGAUCCCACCCAUUUCUCAGCGCCAACACCAUCGGUUCUCAAAUCCCACACCCGCCUCUUUCCGCAAUAAAGAGGUGCAGGUGUUUUGCGCCCAUUGCAAACGACCCUCGGCCUUGAAUGAGUGCUAUGCCUGUACAGAAUGCAUUUGUGGAGUCUGCCGAGACUGUGUGGGCAUGUUCAUCUCCAGUCCACCCGCUUCAUUUAGGACCCCUGGCAACGGACUUCUACACAAUAUGCAGCAGGGGCCAACCAGUUACCCAGGUCCUCGUGGGUGCCCGCGGUGUCGAACAGUUGGUGGAAAGUGGAAGGCUUUCCAAAUCGACAUCAAAAUCCGUGAUUCUGGAUCCUCCCAGCCCCAGUUUCGGUGCAGGAUUCCGACAAGAUACUAA